AUGGACGGCGUACAGCUACGAGAUGAGGCCGCGCAGGAUCGCAUACGCGCUGCCACUGAGUUUCUUGAUCCAAAUGAUGCACGGGCACGCAGUUACCGAGCCGAUAUUGUGGUUAUGCUGAAUAAGGGUGGGCGACGUCUGACAGUUAGCAUCGAUGAGAUUCGAGCACACAACCGGGAGCUGGCCGAUGGGCUGCUCUCGUCUCCAUUCGAUUAUUCGCAAGCCUUUGAUAUGGCCCUGAAAGCGGUCGUCAAAACUUUGCCUGGCCGACCACUUAAGGAAACAGCAGAUGAAACGAACUACUACUGCGCCUACGUUGGCGCAUUUGGAGAAUUCUCUUGCAAUCCACGCACAUUGGGCUCACAACAAUUGAAUCACAUGGUCUCACUCGAGGGAAUUGUCACCAAAUGCUCCCUAGUACGCCCCAAGAUUGUUCAGAGUGUUCAUUAUGUCGAGUCGAAGGAUCGCUUCGUCUAUAGAAAAUAUCGUGAUCAAACUAUGAGUGCGAGUGGCGCAACCAGUCUGAACGUUUACCCCCAAGAGGACGAUGAGAAGAACCCGCUUAUCACCGAGUACGGCUAUUCGACAUACCUCGAUCACCAGUCAAUCUCCAUCCAAGAAAUGCCCGAACGUGCCCCGGCAGGUCAAUUACCCCGAAGUGUCGAUGUCAUUUUGGACGACGACCUCGUCGACACCGCCAAGCCUGGAGACCGAAUCCAGCUGGUGGGCAUCUAUCGUACCCUCGGUAAUCGAAAUGCAGGCAAUGCCUCGGCGACAUUCCGCACCGUCGUCAUGGCGAACAAUAUCGUCCAGUUAUCUUCAAAGAGUGGUGGAGGUAUCGCGGAAGCUACUCUUACCGAUACCGACAUUCGAAACAUCAAUAAGAUCUCGAAGAAGAGAAAUGUAUUUGACUUGUUGUCCAAGUCUCUGGCUCCCAGUAUCCACGGGCAUGAUUAUAUCAAAAAAGCAAUCUUGCUGAUGCUUCUUGGUGGAAUGGAGAAGAACUUGGACAACGGAACUCAUCUUCGUGGCGAUAUCAACAUUCUUAUGGUUGGUGAUCCCUCGACAGCGAAGUCUCAGCUUCUCCGAUUCGUAUUGAACACUGCGCCACUGGCAAUCGCUACGACCGGUCGAGGCUCUUCCGGUGUAGGUCUGACUGCUGCCGUCACCUCUGACAAAGAAACCGGGGAACGUCGACUCGAGGCCGGUGCCAUGGUUCUGGGUGACCGUGGCGUGGUGUGUAUUGAUGAGUUUGACAAGAUGAGCGAUGUCGACCGUGUCGCUAUUCACGAAGUUAUGGAACAACAGACCGUCACAAUCGCGAAGGCCGGUAUCCACACAAGCUUGAACGCUCGUUGCAGUGUUCUCGCAGCAGCCAACCCGGUGUAUGGCCAGUAUGAUCCCCACAAGGAUCCCCACAAGAACAUUGCUCUCCCCGACUCCCUACUAUCUCGUUUCGAUUUGCUAUUUGUCGUGACGGAUGAUAUCGAGGAUGCCCAUGACCGAAGAAUCUCGGAGCACGUUUUACGGAUGCACCGCUACCGCCAGCCUGGCACCGAGGAGGGAGCGCCGGUUCGGGAACAAUUAAAUCAAACGCUGGGCGUGGGAAUUGAAGAUCGUCAAGAUGGCAAUGCUCCUAGUGAGGUGUUUGAGAAAUUCAACGUCAUGCUCCACGGUGGUAUGAUCGACGCCGCCAAUGCUGGCCGCCGCCGUGGCAAGAACGUGGAGAUCAUCAGCAUUCCCUUCAUCAAGAAAUACAUUCAGUACGCCAAAAAGCGAAUCAUGCCGGUAUUGACCAAGGGUGCGGCCGACCACGUCAUCGCCACCUACUCGGCCCUCCGAAAUGACGAACUCACCGGCAACAAGCGUCGCACGUCACCCAUCACUCCCCGUACUCUGGAGACGCUGAUUCGUUUGUCUACUGCGCACGCUAAGGCGCGUCUGUCUAACCGAGUGGAGCAAAGCGAUGCCAAGCAUGCCGAGGCCAUUCUGCGGUUCGCCAUGUUCAAGGAAGUGCUCGAGGACGAGCGCCGGAAGAGACGCAAGGUGAAUACCGCCGAUUCCUCCGACGACGAUAGCGAUGCCGAGCGCGACUCCGACUCCGAUGAUGAUGACAACCGCGGCAAAUCCACCGCCACACCCAGUAGACGCACUGGCACAGCACGCACACGAGGCACCGCAAUGCAGUCGAGCGUUCCCAUUCCAGACGAUGUGGAAGACCCAGACAGUCUGUACACAGCCAGUCCGCGUGCUGAACGUCUCCGCUCGAGUCAGACAGGUCGCACACAAACACAAUCGGACUCGCAGAUGUCAAUGGCGUCCUCUCGACCAGCCUCGCAGCUCGUCGAAUCCCAGCUAGACUCACAGUCGCAGUCUACACCCGCAGAGGUUCCCAUCAGUCCUGUCCGCAUGGACGUCUUCCGGCAGAUCUUGGGUCCACUCAUGGGCAAGACUGUUUUCAUAAACACUGAUACAAGCACUAUCACCGAGCUGGUCGAUGUCGUCAAUACUGCCAUCCGGAAUUCACCCAACCAUGGCCCCUCGCAAAUCUUCUCCCGGUCUGAGACUAUCAAGGCUGUGCGGGUCCUGAAUGAGGAGAAUAUUCUGAUGUAUCUCGACGAGGAGGAGGACGAAAGUGUAUACCGGAUUUGA